GGCAGGAGGCAGUGAUGCCGCGGGCAGAAGUGCUGAGCCUGUGACUUGUUCCCCACUCCACCCUGACACUGAAGCUCAGCAGCAGGUGCUGGGUGCUGAGCCCAGGCUGCCUCUCACCCUGCAGCCCAGAGCCAGGCUCCUGCAAAGAUUUGCCACAGCUGAUCCCAAAGGGAAGGAAACAUCACUGGAGACACCAUGCGUGAGUGCAUCUCUAUUCAUGUUGGCCAGGCUGGAGUUCAGAUAGGAAAUGCAUGCUGGGAACUCUUCUGCCUAGAGCACGGCAUUCAGCCAGAUGGCACCUUCAAGGAUCUGCACAACAAACUUAACAAUGAUGACUCUUUCACCACAUUUUUCAAUGAAACAGUCACUGGGAAGCAUGUGCCUCGAGCUGUAAUGGUGGACUUGGAACCAACUGUAGUAGAUGAAGUUCGGGCUGGCACCUUCCGGGAACUUUUUCAUCCAGAACAGCUGAUCACUGGAAAAGAAGAUGCAGCUAAUAACUAUGCCCGUGGCCACUACACCAUUGGCAAAGAAAGCAUUGAUAUUGUGCUUGAUCGUGUCCGUAAGCUGACUGAUGCCUGUUCUGGGCUGCAAGGAUUCCUGAUCUUCCACAGCUUUGGUGGGGGCACUGGCUCUGGCUUUACCUCCUUAUUGAUGGAACGCCUCUCUGUGGAUUAUGGAAAGAAGUCCAAACUGGAGUUUGCCAUCUACCCAGCUCCUCAGGUCUCCACUGCUGUGGUGGAGCCCUACAAUUCCAUCCUGACCACACACACCACCCUGGAACACUCAGAUUGUGCCUUCAUGGUGGAUAAUGAGGCCAUCUAUGAUAUCUGCCGCAGAAACCUGGACAUUGAGCGCCCCACUUACACCAACCUCAACCGCCUCAUCAGCCAGAUCGUCUCCUCCAUCACUGCCUCACUGCGCUUUGACGGUGCCCUUAAUGUGGAUCUGAUGGAGUUCCAGACCAACCUGGUGCCCUACCCACGCAUCCACUUCCCCUUAGUAACUUACUCCCCCAUCAUCUCCUCUGACAGAGCCUAUCAUGAGCAGCUCUCAGUGGCUGAAAUCACCAACUCCUGCUUUGAGCCCAACAACCAGAUGGUGAAGUGUGACCCAAGGCAUGGGAAGUACAUGGCCUGCUGCAUGCUCUAUCGUGGUGAUGUAGUUCCCAAAGAUGUCAAUGUAGCAAUUGCUGCCAUCAAGACUAAGAGAAAUAUCCAGUUUGUUGACUGGUGUCCAACAGGCUUCAAGGUUGGGAUCAACUAUCAACCUCCUACAGUAGUUCCUGGUGGAGACCUAGCCCAGGUUCAGCGAGCAGUCUGCAUGCUGAGCAACACCACAGCCAUUGCAGAGGCCUGGGCAAGGCUUGAUCACAAGUUUGACCUGAUGUAUGCCAAGAGAGCUUUUGUGCACUGGUAUGUGGGUGAAGGCAUGGAGGAGGGAGAAUUUGCAGAGGCCCGAGAGGACCUGGCCGCCCUGGAAAAGGACUAUGAAGAAGUGGGAACUGACUCAUUUGAAGAAGAAUAUAAUGGGGAGUAAUUUUGAAAUGCACUUUGUUUCUUCUGAGCACAGAAUUUUCUCUGUAACACUUCAUUGCAUGUGUCUACCAAUAGGCCACCCCUUUCUAUGCUAUAUAUUUAGGAGAGGUCAUAUAGAGAUAUCUUUUGUUCCCAAAAUCACAGACAAAUUGUCCUAUAAGAUAUGAUCAGCUGUAGUAAUGCCCUACCACUCCCUGCAAUGCAGAAAGUCUUGGUCUUCUUUCUUGUAUAUUUCAUGUAAGCCUCUUCAAGCUCUAAUAUACAUAGUACACCCACUAUGAUUCAAUAUAUGCAAGCUUAUAAUGGAGCAUAUUGAGUCAGUAGAGUUUUCAAAGUUCAAAUCUUACAUACCUUCACCUUUUGCUUACUGGCAUGUCAACAAAUAGUGACAAUGGAAAAAUUGUGCCUCUGCUCUGUGCUUUAUUAUCCCUUCAUUGAUCUUCAGCUGAUUGAUCCAAAAGGAACAUUUCACUCUUCUGAAAUACCACCCCUAUAAAAGCAAACACACAGGAGAAAUAUUAAAGCAAUGCAAUUUUUCCACAUUUGGGGCUAAACAACUGUAUUGUGAAAACAAGCAUCCUAUUAGAUUGCGUACAGCUGCAGCAGGCAUAAGAAUUCCUUUUCCAUGUCUCUGUGAAACUGUUUCAACGAGAUAACUGUCUCAUUAGAAACAUUCAGUAUUCCUUACUUACCUAGAUUGUUCUUCCUCUGCAAGAAACAGCCUUUGCUUUAUCUAGCAGACUACUUUGCCACCCAUGUCAAUUUUUAUUUAGUGCACCAUGUGAGAGUGAGUCUGCAGUACAGGCAUUUGAAUGUUCACUCAAAGAUAACUCAAAGUAAUGAUUGAAGAUCUCAGAUUUACAGGAUUCAGAACUUGCUAGGCCCAGGUCUACAUUCCUGAUAGGAGACAAGCAUGCGUGCUGAGGCCGCUGGCAGUUGUCAUUGCAAGGCCACUCUUGAUAAUCUUUUGUAGAUCAUGCUGACUUGGUCAAGUACCCAAAGGCUGGAGGAAAGCAAAUGUCACUCCUAUCUUAAAAAAGUGCAAGAAAGAGGACCCAGGGAACUACAGGCUGGUCGGCCUCAUCUCAAUCCCUGGGAAGGUGAUGGAGCAGCUAGUCCUGGAAACCAUUUCCAGAUACAUGAUCAAGAAGAAAAUCAUCAGUUGUCCUCAGAAGGGAUUAAUGAAGGAGAAGUUGUUUUUUACCAACUUGAUAAUUUUCUAUGAUUAAACAAUUGGCCUGAUAAAUAUCGGGAGAGAGCAAUGGAUAUUGUCUACUGUCCCUUGCUCAGGGAGUUUGUGAAGACUCACAAAAGUCACCUGGAUAUAGUCCCUGGCAACUGGCUCUAGGUGGCCCUCCAGAUGACCUCUAGAGGUCCCUUCCAUCAGCAACCAUUCUGUGAUCUUUUUCAUGUAGAGAUUUCUAUUUAUAUUGGCAGUUUCAUUUCAUACUUCAACAUCACAUCGAACUUGUAUACUCUGUAUGCAUUAUAUGCAUUUAAUUAACCAGAUGAAUAAAUUACUAAACUAUGUUACGGAA